AUGUGUCAGCCACCAUCGGACGAUGGGUAUCCAUGUGAAGAACUAUUGACUAAUAUCCUGCCAUCCUGGACAAUUAUCAUCUCCCGUCGACUUCUGUCCCCUAGCGAAGUGUUAUUUCUACGAUUCGUUUACGCUAUUCGAGUAAUCACAUCAAUCUAUCAGCAAUUUCUGGCUUUGCAAUUUGCAGUCAAGGAAAUCAAUGAAAAUCCUGAGCUCUUACCUAACCAUACCUUGGGCUUCCAUAUCUACAAUGGCUACUUUAGUGCAAGUUGGACCUAUCGUGCCUCAUUGGAACUGUUCUCUACUCAGGACCGAUUCAUCCCUAGCUACAGCUGUGACAUGCAGAAUAGGCCAAUUGCUGUCAUUGGAGGACCAACCGCUGCAGUUGGGGCUCAUAUGUCAACCAUUCUGUCCCUUUACAAGAUGCCACAGAUCAUAUAUAGCUAUACUCCAGAGAGAAGAGGGGAAAAGGAAGCUGUUUUAUACCAACAAAUGUUCCCAAAUAUCAACUCUCAGUACAAAGGAAUUCUCCAGUUGCUGCUGUAUUUUAAUUGGACAUGGAUUGGUAUAAUUUCUUCAAAGAAUGAGAACAGUGAGAGUUUUGUACAUGAUGUAGUUCCCAUGUUUGCCCAAAGAGGUAUUUGCUUUGAUUUCAUUGAAGGCAUUCCAGCAACAACGUAUUCAAAUAGCAUUUUUGACUUUAUGGAAGAUGGAAUUCAAACAUACAAGGUGAUUAUGAGAAGCACCACUAAUGUAGUAAUAAUCCACGGGGAAAUUGAUGACAUGAUUCUUUUCAGAACAUUCCCCCUUAUUUCCAGAUUGCAAGGAAUCGAGCUAUGGACAAAAGUUAAAGUAUGGGUUUUGACAGCACAAAUAGAUUUCAUUUCAUUUCCCUUCUUAAAGAAUGAGGACAUAGACUUCAUCCAUGGUGCCCUCUCUUUUGCAAUUCAUUCAAACAAAGUGUUGGGAUUCCGGGAAUUUGUACAGUCGAGAAACCCUGACUUUGAGAAAGAGGAUAGCUUUGUCAAGCUCUUUUGGAAAAAUGCAUUUGAAUGUUCAUUUUCCAACUCUGUGAUAAAUGAUGAUGAAGAAGAAGAAGUCAUGUGCACUGGGAAAGAGAAACUGGAGACUCUUCCAACAUCUGUGUUUGAAAUGGACAUGACCGGCCACAGCUACAGCGUCUACAAUGCAGUCCACUUGGUAGCACAGGCUUUGCAUGGCAUGCUGUCUUCUGCAGUUACAUCCAGAACAGAAAACCACAAAGCCAAACUCUCCUUUCUGAAACAGCAAUUCUGGCAGCUCAAUCACUUUGUGAGAAGAAUCUCCUUUAACAAUGAUGCAGGAGAUACGAUUUCCUUCAAUCAGAACGAAGCCUUUUCUGACAAUUACAAAUGCUCUCUUCUUCAUUAUGGACAGUCCCAGCCACUUUCUCGCUGUAACAGCAAAUGUCAAUCAGGAUAUAGUAAAAGCAAAUUAGAAGGGAAGCCAUUUUGCUGUUAUGAUUGUCUUCGUUGUCCAGAAGGGAAGAUUGCCAACCAGGAAGACAUGAACGAUUGUUUGGAAUGUCAACCAGAUCAGUAUCCAAAUCAGAAUCAGGACUUAUGUCUCUUCAAAAGUGUAACCUUCUUGAUGUAUGAAGAAACUUUGGGAACGGUUUUGACCAGUUUUGUUCUCUUCUUUUCUUCAAUCACAGCUGUAGUACUUUGGAUAUUUAUUAAGCAUCAAAACACUCCCAUAGUCAAAGCCAACAACCAAACCCUCACCUAUAUUCUCCUUGUUGCUCUCAUGUUGUCUUUCCUUUGUUCUUUACUAUUCAUUGGCCAGCCUUCCAAAGUGAUGUGUGUCCUUCGUCAAACUACUUUUGCCAUUAUAUUCUCAGUGGCCAUUUCUUGUGUUUUGGCCAAAACCAUCAUCGUGGUUAUAGCUUUCCUAUCUACCAAGCCAGGCUCCAAGAUGACCAAAUGGGUGGGGAAAAAGCUAGGCUUCUUCAUAGUAUCUUGCUGCUCCUUUAUGGAGGGUAUUAUAUGUGCUACAUGGCUUUCAAUCUCUCCCCCAUUCCCAGAUGUUGACACGAGAUCCAUGGCAAAAGAAAUAGUUCUGGAAUGUAAUGAAGGAUCCACCUACAUGUUCUACUGUGUCUUGGGAUAUAUGGGCUUCCUUGCCUUUGUUAGCUUUACAGUGGCUUUCCUGGCAAGGAAAUUGCCUGAUGCUUUCAAUGAAGCCAAGUUUAUCACCUUCAGUAUGUUGGCCUUCUGUAGUGUCUGGUUGUCCUUUAUUCCAACAUACUUGAGCACCAAGGGAAAAUAUAUAGUUGCUGUGGAGAUCUUCUCAAUUAUAACUUCCAGUGCUGGUUUAUUGAUUUGUAUCUUUUUCCCUAAAUGCUACAUUCUUAUGUUAAGGCCUGAUCUUAACAAGAAAGAGCAGCUAAGAGUAAAAAAAUAA